UUGCAGAAUUAUUUCAAGCUACAUGUACUUCAAAUGUUGCAAACAAGGCUUCUUAGGCAGGUGAUCAGAUCACAACUGCUGCAUUUGGUAGAGCAGCUGUCUGAGACUGGGGAGGAGAGUUUCUUGGUCAGUGCUGCGGGAGAUGAUGAUGUUCCACACCUCAUUGGGUCAACAAAGGGGCUGGGCUACAUGAAGGGGUUCAUUGGUGUACAGGAUGGCUUUCUACAUUAUCUACGGAAGAGUGCUAUAACACUCGAAUCACAUCAAGCGCUAAGAUCAGAUGUUAGUAUACAUGAAUCGCAGCAAGCCUCAAAGUCAGAUGCUAAUAUACAUGAAUCACAGCAAGCCUCAAGGUCCGAUGCUAAUAUACAUGAAUCGCAGCAAGCCUCAAGGUCAGAUACUAGUAUACAUGAAUCGCAGCAAGCCUUAAGAUCAGAUGCUGAUAUACAUGAGUCACAGCAAGCCUCAAGGUCAGAUGUUAGUAUAAAUGAAUCGCAGCAAGCCUCAAAGUUAGAUGCUAGUAUACAUGAAUCAUAGCAAGCCUCAAGGUCAGAUGUUAGUAUACAUGAAUCGCAGCAAGCCUCAAAGUUAGAUGCUAGUAUACAUGAAUCACAGCAAGCCUCAAGGUCAGAUGAUUUUAUACAUGAAUUGCAGCAAGCAUCAGGGUUAGUGGAAAAACAACAAAAUUUAGUCGCCCAGACUGAAAACAAACCUGCCAGCUCUGUUGUUUUUACUGCAGAUGAAACCUGUGUAAAUGAGGCACUAACAAGUAAUGCAGAUGUAACUCCAAUAUCUAAAAAGAAGUAUUUCAAAAUUGAAGGUUUAAAGGAAGAGAGACACGUUGUAGUUAGUUUUAGUAUAAUGGAAUCACAAAAAUCAUCAAUGUCAGACACUAGUAAACCAGAAUUGCAUCAAGCAUUAACACUAGAUUCUCAUAUACCUGAAUCACAUGCAGCAACAAGUUCAGAUGCUAUUAUACCUGAAUUGUAUCAAGCCUCAAGGUCAGAUGCUAGUAUACCUGAAUUGUAUCAAUCCUCAAGGUCAGAUGCUAGUAUACCUGAAUUGUAUCAAGCCUCAAGGUCAGAUGCUAGAAUACCUGAAUCUCUUGAAGUGUCAAUGUCAGACACUAGUAUACCUGAAUUGUAUCAAGCCUCAAGGUUAGAUGCCAGCAUACCUGAAUCACAUCAUGUCUCAUGGUCAGAUGCUAGUAUACCCAGAAUUCAUCCAGCAUCAAAAUCUGUUGAAAAACAACAAAUUUUGAUCACACAGAUUGAAAGCAAACCUGCAAGCACUGUUAUUUUUAGUACAAAUGAAACCUGUGUAAGUGAGCCACAAACAAGUAAUCCAGAUGUAAGUGCAACAUUUAAACCAGAGUAUGACAAUGUAAUUGACAAUGGUGAUGCAGGUGGGAAUAAACUACAAACUGUAGAACAAGAUGUGAUUCUGGAACAACCUGUAGAUGAUUCAGCAACAUCUAACACACAUGAAACUCCACUACAUGAGAUAAACAAGGAAACACAAGAUGCAGAUAUAGCAGUCAGAAAUGUUUCAAAAGGAAAAACAAAGCUUGAAGAUUCAUUGAUAAAAGGGUCCUUAACAAACAGAACCGAUGAGUUACAGGGGGAUGUUGCAUUUGCAAUACCUUCCACAGAGAGUAAUGAUGAAACAUUGAGAAAUUUUGAAUUAGAUAAUUCUACUGAAAUGCAGUUAGAUACCACAGACUCUAAUGAUGAGGAAAGUGACAUGGAUUUUGAUGAGAGUGAUUAUGAUGAGAUGGAGGAAGAAGAAAUAUGUUCUAAACUGAUUCAUGACUUCAAAGAUAAUGAAAAUAACAAGGAGAAAAUGGAAACUAAUAAUGAAAAUUUUGCUGAUGCAGAGUUUUCAAAAAACAACAAAAACACAAGCGCAGAAAGUGUCAUACCAAAAUCUUCAAAUGCUUUAGAGAAGAAGAGGAUUAGUCAAAAACCAAAUGCUGAAAAAUUAGUAACAAAAACUGUGAAAUCAAGAAUGGACAUUUCACCUCUUAAUGAAGAAGAUACAAAUCAGAUUAAAGUAAUUGUAUUUGGUGAAACACAACCUAAGCAGAUGUAUCAAUUUAGAAAUAAAAUAUUUCCUUUGAAAGAGACAAUUACACCACAGGAUCUUCUCUGCAACUACUGCAAGAAGGAUGUGAGAACUAUAAAAGAAUUGAAGGAGCAUGAGGGCUCGCAUACAAAGACAUACAGUUGUUACAAAUGUGACAAAGUCUUUAACUCUCAGCUAAAACUUAGGGCUCACAGUGCUACAUGUUUUGAAAUACCGCAGUUUGUGAAAAACUACUUUAAAACAAAUCCUGAAUGCUCUCCCAAAAGACGCUGGACAGCUCCUAAAAGUGUGGUGGCUGUUGAAGAAGUUGAUCAACCUUGUGACUUUGGUACAUCAGAAAAUAACUUAAGUUCCUCAACAUUUGAAAGAUCAGCUGUUAAAGGAGUUUUUUUUUAUAGAAAUAGCCUGAAGCAGUUAUUUGAGUGUGAGGAUUGUUUGAAGAAGUUUAAAUUUAGAAUAAGUCUGAAAAAACAUACUUGUAAAGCUUUCCUUGAAGACAACCGUACUGGUAAACUAAUUGCUACAGAUAAAGCAGAGCAUUUAAAUGGAGACAAACUUGCUAAAGAAAAACUUGGAGAGAAGAAAUGGAGCUACAAAGAGCUUUUGAAAUGGCGAAUAAUAAACAAGACAUGCCCCUUUCCAAACUGCGGACGGAAAUAUCGAUUCAUCAGACAAAUAAAGGAACACCUUGUGACACAUACCACUGAAAAACAAAAUACUGGCAAACUAAAAACAAACAUUAAGACUCGAUGUAAAACUGCAAAUAAAAAUAAUUCAGUUUAGAGUUUUAGCUCACCAGAGCACAAAGUGCUCAAUGUGAACUAUUGUGACUGAUCAUUGUCCAUUGUCAUACAUGUGCAUCAUCUGUCUCUUUCAACAGUUGCCUUGUCAACACUCUAAAGGCCACAGAUAUGAUCCAAUCAUUAUGAAACUUUGUCAGAAUGUUUGUAAUGAUGAUCUCUAGGUCAGUUCGAAACUGGGUUAUGUGGGGUCAGCAACUAGGUCAGUAGGCUAGAUCAAAGGAAAAUCUUGUUAACACUCAAGAGGCCACAUUUAUGACCUUAUCUUCAUGAAAGUAGGUCAGAAUGUUUAUCUUGAUGACAUCUAAGUUUGAAUCUGGGUCUUGUUGGGUCAAAAAACUAGGUCACCCUGUCAAAUCAAAGGAAAACUAUGUGCAGGUAAUAGGGGCUGCAUUUUUCAAUUCAAUCAGAAUACUGGUGAUGAAAUCUAGGUCAGGUUUGAACAUAGGUCAUCUGGGGUCAAAAACUUGGUCACCUGAUCAAAUCAAAGACAGACCUUGUGUAUGCAAUAGGGGUUGUAUUUUUCAUCUGAUAUGCAUGAUACUUUGUCAGACAGUGUGUCUUUAUAAAAUCUCAAAAGAAUUUCUAUCUGGGUAACAUGGUGUCAAAAACUAGGUCACCAGGUUAAAUCAGAAGAAAAAGCUUGUUUACACUCUAAUGGCCACAUAUUUUAUUCAAUCUUCGUACAACUUCAUUAUUUUCAUAUGAUUUCAACUCUGGGUCAUGUAGGGUAAAAAACUAGGUGGCUUGGUAAAAUCAAAGGAAAAGCUUGUUUACACUCUAGAUGUCACUUUUUUGCUCAAAUCUUCACUAAACUUUGUCACAAUGAUUGUUUUUUUUAUGAAAUCAUGGACGAGUGUUAAUCUAGGUCAUGUGGGGUCAAAACUAGGUCACUAGGUUAAAUCAAAGAAAAUGCUUGUUACACUCAAGCCACAUAUUUGGUCCAAUCUAACUGAUCAGAGUAUAUGUCUCCUUAAAGUUUUGUACGGGUUAAAAAUUAAGUCAAGUUGGGUAAAAAAACUAGGUCACCAGGCCAAAUCAAAGAAAAAGCAUGGGAGACCACAUUUUUGUUUCAAUCUUCAUGAAACUUGGUCAGAAUGUUUUUCUCCUUUGAAACUCAGACGAGUUUGAAACUGGGUCAUGUGGUUUCUAAAACUGGGUCACUAGGUCAAACAUGUUUGUUAUGUUGUGUUACUCUGGAGAAUGACCUAGGGCCAUCAUGGCCCUCUUAUUACGCCCCUUUUUCGAUGGCAGUUUUUGGUAAAAUGCUUGUCGCAACAAGCGUAUUGUUUACAAUCGUAUGCGAAAGCAGUAUACUUUGAACAAAAAUGACCACAAUAGAAGUUUACUCAACCGUGCCAGUAAGGAUUACAAGCGUACUAUGAAAUACUACCUAAAUAAACACAAUUUUAUCAAUGAGUCUAAACUUAGACAAAUGCAAAAAUCAGACCCUAAAUCAUACUGGAAGUUUUUAAAUAGACUUUCUUCUGUAAGAAACGGAAAAACGCCUACAGUCGAAGAGUUUUAUGAGUACUUUAAAACUGUAAAUUCUGCACCUAACGAAAACGAUGUAUUUCAAGCUGAACAAACAAAUUUAUUUAAUAAUGAUGCUAUAUUGAAUGAUCCCUUUACUGUUAAUGAAAUUUCAAAAAUCAUUAACAAAUGUAAGAAUGGAAAAGCGGCGAGUAAUUCCGACAAUA